AUGGCUUCUUCACGACUAGUCGCUCGCUCUUCACGUGCGCUUCUCAGCGUUCAGCGUACACAAUGCCGCGCCUUUAGCAUCUCUACCAUUCGUACCAACGAAUUCGAGGCCUUGAACAAGCGCACAAAUGAUACUUCGGAAAAGUAUCGCAACAUUCAGAAAUCGAAGCCGUUGAACCCUCACAUGACCAACACAACAUCGACUAUUGCCAAUGAGAUGCCUUCUGUAGGCACCGAUGCGCCACCGCCAGAGUUGAUCACCAAGGUUGACCCCAAAUUUCAGCCCAAAGAUGGUGUCCCGGAAAACACUGAACGCAUGACUGGCGGUACGCAGAGCAGCAAGGGCAAGGAUGUGAGUGGCUCAAACAGCGAAUUGGAUGUUGGUGAGAUGGAGGGUGCGAAGUUCAAGGUCGAGCCGAUUAGGCGGACCGGCGAGGAUGCAAACACGAUGCGCGCGAGGUUAUUAUAUCAGAGCCGGAAGCGCGGGACACUAGAAAGUGAUCUCCUUCUCAGCACUUUCGCUGACGCCCACCUUUCCACCAUGUCUGUCACCGUCCUCGAGCAAUACGACCUUUUCCUCGACGAGAACGAUUGGGACAUCUACUAUUGGGCGACACAGGAGCCUACCCCGACUUCGCACGAAACGGCCGAGGGAGGUGGCUCCAUGAUGUCUACACCCAAUGCCCAGGGCAAGGACAGCAAGACGGGAACGAAGGUGCAAGAAAAGGACGAGCAGACACGACAGCCUGCAACUGGCGAGUGGGCACAGACUGUUGGCACUUUCAAGCCGGCCUACCGACCUGUACCCAGUAGGUGGAAAGGCAGUGAAAUCCUGAGUAUGUUGCGACGACACGUCAACGACAGGAAAGCGGGCGGUGUGAUCGAGGGUGAAGGUUCUGAAAGGAAGGAGGGCAAGGGACUUGGUAUGAUGCCUGAGAUCAAGAACUUUGACCAGUGA